UAUGUAAAAUUGUUAAACAUAAAUCAUUAUGAAAAUGAAAACAAAUAUUAUUUUAGUAAUAAUUUUUAUGUUAUACACCAAUUGUUUAUGUCAAUUCUAUGUAUUUGAUGAUGACGUGCCAUCACUAUCGGAAGCUGAUGAACGAAUUAUAAAUUUGACUUUGCUGACAAGAAAUGUUCUAGAACAUUAUCAAAACCCAGAUCCUGUAGGAUUACCUGAAGCUAUAGUACCACCAUACUCAGAUCCUGAACCAAUACCUGAUAAUGAAAGUCCUUUGUGGAGUAUGUAUAAUUCAACAAUGAGAGGACAUUCAAAAUUCAGACUAAAAAAACUAUACGUAAAUAUAGUUGAUUUACAGUUAGAAUUUGGAAUAUCAAUCGAUACAUUAGUAGUAGUAGGUAAUUAUUCUUAUUGGAAAAUGUAUGAUGGAUAUUAUAAUGUGACGCUCAUACAACUUCAUAUUGAUGGUCACUUAAGCUUAAAAGUAAGUGAAUCAGGACACCUGGAGACUAAUAAUUUGAAUAUGAAUAUGAAUUAUGAGAGUUUACACAUGGAUACAGAUAAGAUAAAUAUACCAUUUUAUGAUACAUUUGUUAAUAGUUUUACAAAUUUUGUUGUUCAAACUAUUAAGCCCAUCAUUAUGAAACUGAUAAAUGUAAUGAUAAAAGAAGAACUUGAUCAAAAAAUGAAACAUUUUAAACGUUUUCCAAACACAAUACCACCUGUAGACUUAUUGAUAGCUGAGAGUCGCCAACAAAUAAAAUCAAUGGGAUAUGAUCCAUGGCACAUAGAAGACUUAGUGAAUGCAGUAAAUUUCAAUAUAUUUAGUUUGGAUGUCAAUGAAAUAUGGAUAUCUGGCCUAUCAAGUAUAUAUAGAUUAGGAGAUAUUCACGUAAGUAUACAGAAUCAAACAAUUAUAUCAGUCAUACAUAUAGGAACUCAGGAACUAAAAGGGCAUUGUCAAUGGAAAAUUGGAGCAGCAGGAGUACUAAAAACCACAGGUAUUUUAAGUUUUUCAAUUGAUUAUAUACAGCUAGAGGCCAAUGUGACUCAACCAAUGGACACAAGAUUAGCUCCAUUUUUAAAUAAAUUUGGUUUAUCAGUAGGAAAUAUUCAAUUGCGUAUGGAUGGAGCAGGUACAAUUGAUUAUUUAGCAGAAGCACUUGUUAAUAUUUUUCCAAAUAUUUUAAGAAAUAAAAUAGUAGAUGCAAUGGAACUUCCCAUUAAAAAAAGAAUACAGGACUUUUUAGAUAAAGUUGACGUGCAAGAAAAAAUAGAACAAAGAAUUCCUCCAAUAAUAGAUAAAAUGAUGGAACAUAAUAUUACAGACAUAUUUAAAGAGAACGAAAUAUUACAUGAAGAUAUUAUUAUUGUUAGUAAGGAAGAUUUUUGAAAAGAUGUCAGAAAACAAUCAAAACUGAUAAUAAAAUGUAAAAUACUAUUUAACUAUGAUAAGUGGAACUUAAUUUAAAAAUAUUUUAAA